AUGAACUAAAAAAAAUUAAAAUAAAUAUAGCAAGCUCCUCCAUAAUAUGCCAAACCAAACAUAAUCUAGCGAAAAUAAAUCGAUAAAUAUUCAUAUUUAUUAAGUAAUCAGAUUGGUCGAGGUUACAGUUCUAUAGUAUUUCGUGGAAAAGACGAUCGUACAAACGAUGAGAAUUUAGCUAUAAAAGUGAUCGACACGAAAUUAAUGACAAAUGAAGUAUAGUUAUUUUUAUUAGGUAAUGAAAUAAAUGUUCUCCGUCGUUUACAAUAAACAUAAAAUCCUAAUAUAUUGAAGCUCCAUGAUAUAUUUUAGACCUAAAAUAAUACAUAUAUAAUAACUGAAUUAUGCAAUCAAGGAGAUGUUAAAGAGCUUUUAAAAUAAUACAAUCAUUUAAGCGAAGUUUAAGCUUUUAAAAUUUUAUCACAUAUUUUCAACGGAUACAAAGCUUUAGUUGAUAAUAAAAUAGUACAUAGAGAUAUAAAACCGGCUAACAUUCUAAUAAAAGAUGGAGUUUUUAAAAUUGCCGAUUUUGGUUUCGGAAAAUUUAUUGAUGAUCCUCCUUAUAAAUAUUAUUAUAGUGUAGGGACUCCGAUGUAUAUGAGUCCUUAAAGCCUUCUUAAAAAUGAAUAUGAUGUUAAAAGUGAUAUUUGGUCUAUUGGAAUUCUUUAUUAUGAGCUUCUCUAUGGAUGUACUCCUUGGAUUGCUGAAAGUGAAUAAGAUUUAAAAUAUAAAAUUUGCAAUAUUCCAGUACAAUUUCCUAACAAUGGAAUAUAUAUAUCUAAUGAAUCAAAAGAUUUUAUUAAAGGAUGCUUGCAAAUUGAUUAUACAUUAAGAUUUGGAAUAGAAGAAAUUGAGAAUCAUAUUUUGUUUGCUACUUAAAAUAAAACAUGUGUAAUAACUAUAGAUGAUGAUAAUACUUGUCAAUAAAAUUCUUAGUAAAUUUUUUCUUAUUCAUAAAAUUCAAAUAAUGACAAAAGUGUUGAAAUAAUAGAAAAUAGUAAUAAUAAUUUAGAGUAUUAAUUUUUAGAAUAAAUAUAACAAAAUAAUCAUAUUAUUUUAGCUUAAAUUAAUUAUUGUAGAUUUUUGUAUAGAUUGCAUAAAAUUUUAAUGGAAAGUUAAAUUUUAGAAAGUCCUUUUUUAAAAGAAAAAUUAGCAUAUUUAAUGUUAAAAAAUAUAUUGAUUAAAAUUAAAAAACUCAAUAAUUUAAGCGAUAAUUAAAUUAAUUAAUUAAAUCUUUCAGAAUGGAAUUUUUAUAUAAAUACUGAAAGUUAUUAAAGAUUUUCGAUUAUAAUAGGAGAAUAUAUAUUAAAAUAUUCACAAACUUAUAAUGAAUUUACAGAAACAUACAAAGAUAUAUUGUAAGAUAUUCUCUAUGAUAACAAUUUGAUUGAAUUUGAAAAUUUUUAUGUAUUAUAAGAUAAAUAUUUAAGAGCGACAAUUAGGGAAAUUAAUCAUUUAAUAAAAUUGAAAAUUGUUUAUUUCUUUUAGAAUAAUAAUAAUAUUGAGGAUAAUUAGUAAAAUUUACCAUAAGAAAUUGAAAAAGAUGUUGUUUUGUUAGAUUAUCUUGUCGUACUCUUUUAACUAACUUAAAUAAUUAUUGAAAAUUUUAAUAACUAUGCCUAUUUUGCUGAAAAGUCAUUAAUAGAAUAAUUUGUAGAUGGUAGAAAUAUCUAAAUUAAUAAAAUACAUUAUAAUUAAAUUAGAAAUAAAAUCUAUGAACUUGAUAUUUGA